AUGGUCUACAAAGUUGCCGAUGUCUCCCUUGCUGCGUGGGGUCGCAAAGAAAUCGAGUUGGCUGAAAAUGAGAUGCCUGGUCUGAUGUACCUUCGAAAGAAGUACGGCAAGUCCCAGCCUUUGAAGGGAGCCCGGAUUGCUGGUUGUCUUCACAUGACCAUCCAGACCGCUGUACUGAUCGAAACUCUUACUGCUCUUGGUGCGCAGGUCACUUGGUCCUCGUGCAACAUCUUUUCCACCCAGGACCACGCCGCAGCUGCCAUUGCUGCUACCGGCGUGCCCGUGUUUGCCUGGAAAGGUGAAACAGAAGAGGAAUACCUUUGGUGUAUCGAACAAACCCUGGCCGCUUUCCCUGACGGCAAACCCCUCAACAUGAUCUUGGACGAUGGUGGUGACUUGACAUCUCUUGUACAUGACAAGUUCCCCCAAUACUUGGAUGGAAUUGGCGGUGUUUCCGAAGAGACCACUACCGGUGUUCACCACCUUUACAAGCUCCACAAGCAAGGCAAACUGAAAGUACCUGCCAUCAAUGUUAACGAUUCGGUCACCAAAUCGAAAUUCGACAACUACUACGGAUGUCGAGAGUCCCUAGUUGACGGUAUCAAGCGAGCCACCGAUGUCAUGUUGGCUGGUAAGGUAGCCGUCGUCGCCGGAUUCGGUGAUGUCGGUAAAGGGUGUGCCCAAAGUUUGGCCAGUUACGGUGCCCGAGUCGUCGUCACUGAGAUCGACCCAAUCAACGCCCUCCAAGCCGCCAUGGCCGGUUAUGAGGUCACCACCAUGGAAGACGUUGCUCACCGAGCCAACAUCUUCGUCACCACAACUGGAUGCCGGGACAUCAUUGUCGGCAAGCACUUCGAGGCUAUGCCCGAGGACGCCAUCGUCUGCAAUAUUGGUCACUUCGACAUCGAAGUUGAUGUGGCUUGGUUGAAGAAGACUGCCACAUCGGUCAGCAACAUCAAGCCUCAAGUUGACCGUUACACGAUGCCUUCCGGCCGCCACAUCAUCCUCCUCGCCGAAGGUCGACUAGUCAACCUCGGCUGUGCCCACGGCCACCCGUCCUUCGUGAUGUCCUGCUCGUUUGCCAACCAAACCUUGGCCCAGAUCGCCCUCUGGGAAGACAAGAACAACACCACAUACCCUCUCGGUGUUCACAUGCUCCCGAAAGCCCUCGAUGAGGAAGUCGCCCGAGCUCAUCUACACGCCCUUAACGUCAAAUUAACCAACAUGUCCGAGGCCCAGGCUGAGUACCUCGGCAUCAACCCCGCCGGGCCUUACAAAGUCGAUCACUACCGUUACUAA